CCUUGCUCCAUCCCUCCCCUUAGCUGCAGAGAGGGAUCACCUUCGGCCCAGGAUAGAUCUGAUCGUGUUUAUGAUUGACAUCAAGAGCAAAUACAGCCUGAAGAAUGUUGAAGCUUCCCUAACUUAUGUGGAUGCCAGCUACUUCCUGGGGAAAGUGUGCUUUCUUGCCACUGGGGCUGGCAGGGCGAAUCAUUGCAACGUUGACACCGGUGACAUCCGUAAACUGGGAGAAGACUAUGGCAGUCCUGUGCUAUUCUGUGAGCUGGAGUUGGAAGGGAUACGAGUUACCACUGCUCAACGACUUCUCCGAAUGUUAAAGAUCUGUGCUGGUCUCGUACCAGGAGUUUCUGCCUUGUACUUAAGUUCACUGAUGAAGAACUCUGCUGAAGAUUAGCUUCUCAUUGUGCAGAGCUCUCGCUGUGUGCGCUGUUUUGGUUAGCUUGUUUCUGACAUCUGUCUGUGAGCAAGAAAAGCAGAAAGCAGCACUGCAGGCUUAAUCAGCUGUGAGUGUUGGCAGUCCUUGCAAAGACAGCUCAGCAAGGCACAAAGCCUGUAUCCUUGCUCAGAGGACACACAAAUCCUAGCUCCAGUUGUAUUGUUGCUGACGGGGGAGGGCUAGGUUGUUUGUCAGCUGGAACAAAAGGAGCUAAACCAUUCAGCUGUGUUAUGAUGCCC